UAAAGCAAGAUAAAGAUUUUUGUAUAACCCCUUGACGGUUCUUCCCUUACGGUUUCUCACCAGAGUGUAUUCUUAAAACAUCAUUUAAAAUGCCAGUAGUCGACUAUUUCCCAGUUAGUGUGCGUUAACCUUAGACUAAAGAAGAGUACAUAAAUAAGAUACAAAAAUUGAUAAAUGGUAAUAGUUGUAUUUUUACAGAUAUUACUUGUUUAGUUCGUCAGAGGUGAGAUAACGGUGUUUAAAUACUACCAGUUUUUUUUUGUAUUCAAGGUUAACUUUGGACCUGUUUUUAGACUCUCUAUAUUAUUUGUUUAAAAUUAACUAAACAUAAGAAAUUUAUAUUUUAACGAGGAAUUCAACUGUUGAGUCAUUAGUGUAAAUGCUUAUUAGUGUUUAGUCAAUCUUUUUAUUUUAAAGAACCAUUGUAAAUAAUAAUGGUUCGUGUGUAUUCAAUCUAUUUGAUAUUGCUUAUAAGUUUGCUCAGUUCAACUGAGGCUUUAUAUGUUAACAAAAAAUAUGUUAAGCCGAAUACAGAUGAAAUAGAGUCGGAUCCUUGCGUGCCAUACAAUGCCACUCUGCCAAACUUCAAGAAAUACGGACGAAGAAUUAGUGAAGUCAAAUGCGAUGAAUACGUUUGGCAGAGGAUAAAUCGAGAGGAAAAAGCCAACAGAGAGUUCCGAUGUCUCGCGCAACGGAGAGAAGAGGAAGGAUCCGAGGAGACUGAAGCGAUUGGAGGCCGAGAUGCGCUACCAGGGGAAUUCCCACAUAUGGGUGCAUUAGGUUGGAAAGCUGUAGAGGGUACUUGGAUAUUCAAAUGCGGUGGUACUCUCAUCAGUCCAAAGUUCACGCUUACGGCAGCUCACUGCUCUAAGACACCUCCAGACCCCAAAACAAGUUCCCAAAUUCCUCAAAUUGUAAGAUUUGGAGAUAAAAACAUAAUAGAUGUGUUUGCCAAUGGAUUACCUCCGAUAGAUGCUAACAUAGUCACUAUAACUGUUCACCCGCAAUAUAAGUCACCUUCGAUGUAUAAUGAUAUAGCACUAGUUAAAUUAUACAAGGACAUUACAUUUAUGAGUAACGUACAACCAGCUUGCCUUUGGAGCCAUUCUGAUACUAGUAUACUAAGUUCGACAGCAACUUUAACUGGCUGGGGAGUUAUCGACACAGCUACAAGAAAGACGUCUCCAAUUCUUCAAGCAGCAGUCGUAGAUGUAAUUGACGAUGAGCUCUGUAACAAAUUGUUACAACGAUCCUGUAGUAGACGAUGGUGCGGAGUCAGAGAUCAGAUCUGUGCAGAAAAACUAGAAGGAGGAGUAGAUGCUUGUCAAGGUGAUUCCGGUGGACCUUUACAAGUAAAAAUACCUCUACCGCCAUCUGGUGAGGGUUCAAUGCAUUACGUUAUAGGAGUAACAUCAUUUGGAAUCGGAUGCGCUAGACCAAAUCUUCCCGGCGUCUACACGAAAGUUUCCAGCUUCGUGGAUUGGAUUGAAAGUAUAGUGUGGCCUGAAGAAAUAAUGUAAUACUCUUGAUUUAAACUGUUUUAUUAUUUAUUACAUUUGUAUGAAUCUGUUGUAUGCUCAAAGGGUUUUAAUGUGACUUGAAAAGAAUCCAUCCAAAUUAGUUUAUAAGCAAUCGAUUUAGAUUUGUUUCUUGUUGGCAUUUUCUAUAUUUUAAUUUUACUAAUAUAACUUUUGUUUGACCGAAUUAUUUGUUUCAAUUACAUUAUAUAAUAUACAUUUUAAUACA